AUGUUGAGAAAUUCGAAGAAGCGAAAGGUGAAAUUGAGAAAAUCGAAGAAGCAAAAGGUAACAGAGGAAGAAGCACCAAUCAAUAAGUUGCCAGAUGCAGUCCUCGUAAAAAUUCUCUCACUUCUGCCAACAGAGGAAGCAUUCAGAACUUGUGUUAUCUCUAAAAAGUGGCAAACUCUCUCAACUUUAAUUUAUAGCUUCAAUUUCAAUUGUUCAGAAUACCGGGAAAGAGAAGAUUUAUCAUUUAUUCAUAAUGCAUUAGAACAUUCCCGCUCUUCCAAAAUCGAAAAGUUUGAACUCGACUUAACUGAAUGCAUGGACUUGUGUCAAUUAGACUACAAUUUGAAGUUUGAUUUUGAUUUCCUAGUCAAUCGUUGUUGUAGAUUUGCUGUUAAGAGAAAUGUGGAAAAUCUUGUAUUGGGUUUAUAUAGUCCUGAAGAGUGCCCAUUGCCUGAAUCUCUCUACACCUGUUCGUCAUUGAUAACUUUAGAUGUUACGCUAUGUUGUGGCUUUAUUAAUGAUGCGGUCAUUUCGUGGAACUCUCUAAAGAGCAUAACAUUGGGGUAUGUGGUGUUUACCGAUGAGGACAUGGUGAAAUUACUGUCAGGCUGUCCUUCAUUGGAAACAAUGGAAUUAUAUAGGUAUGACGGUUUCCGUCGCGUGGAAAUUAAUUCAUCAACAUUAAAGACACUGAAGCUGAUAGAUUAUGGGAUUCCUGGAGUUGGAUAUGAAUUAGAUGGGGUUUCUGGAGUUAGAGAUGAAUUAGAAAUUAUUGCCCCGUAUCUUCAGAAUUUGGAAAUAUCAGGAGAUUUUCUUGAUGUCAAGUGUAAACUUGUUGAUGUCUCUUCUGUAGUUAAUGCUAAGAUUAAUUACAACAAUAAAUGUAUCAAUCACGUCCCAAAUGUUAAUGAAGAACACAACUGCCGUGACUAUCAUCAAGUAUUAUAUUCCCUCAUCCAAGAAAAUCUUCAAAAGUUAUGUUAUGCAACUGAGCUAACAAUUGGAAAUUGGUUCACACAGUUAGAUGAUAUUUGCAACUAUGUUGACAACUCACGCUGCAACUUUGAGUUACGUGAUUUGGCCAAAGGAGUUAAUAUGGAUUUGCAGAAUUGUGUUUCAAGACUUGAGUUACACAACCUCAAGAAUGUUAAGAUUGUCAUCUCAUCAAUGCUGUGCUUGAAGUAUCAUAUGCUGAGAUUCUCUUGUGACUCUUAUUUUGCUGGAUCUAUUAAGAUGAGCGAUUUGCGAGUCACAUUCUUUUAUGAUAAUUAG